UUUUAUUCUUUGAUCCACCAACCUUAUUCCUGAAAGAUAGAGUGAUUUCUGUCAAAGCAUGGCACCACCACCACCCCCUCCUCCUUCUCUUCCCACUCUCACCAUCUUCACCCUUCUUUUCUUCAUCUUCAUCUUCCCAUCUACACCAACCUCACCCAUAGCAUGCCAUGACACAUGUGGUUCAAUACAAGUCAAAUACCCUUUUGGCACAGGACCUGGCUGUGGUUCCCCUCUCUUCAGCCCAUACAUAACAUGCACAUCCAACCAACUCAUCCUCAAAACCCACACAGGUUCAUACCCCAUCACCUCCAUAUCAUACACCACUUCCACUCUCACACUAACCCCACCCAACAUGUCCACAUGCACCAACAUGCAAACCUCACCCAACUUCGGCUUAGACUGGACCUCUCCUUUCCAAAUCGGUUCCUCAACCUUCAUUCUCUUCUCUUGCCAACCCUCCUCCAUUCUAACCUCCCCCAUCUGUGACCCCUCCUUUGACUACCUCUGUGCCUCCAUUUACACGUGUCCUUCUGUCGUCACACUCGGCAUGCCUCUCUUCCCUCCCACCAACACCUGUUGCGUUUACUCUCCCGCCAAUCUCGACGACAAGGGGGAGCUCGACUUGAAGGAAAUGAAGUGUGGUGGUUAUGCUUCGGUUGUGUCGCUUGGGGAUAACCCCACUGACCCUACGCAUUGGGUCUAUGGUGUGGCCUUGAAGUACUCUUACGGGGUUUUGGAUAAUAACUAUGUCACCACUAAGUGUAGUGGUUGUGAGAGUAGUGGCGGCGUAUGCGGGUUUGCUCCACCAGGGAAUGGCUUUGUGUGUGUUUGUAAAGGAGGCUAUAACACUAGCCUUGAUUGCUCUAGUUAUAACCAGAACCAGGACUACGUCUGGGACUCUACCUCUGCUUCUUUCUCCACCCCAUAUGUUUGGAGUUGCAUUUUUACUGGUAUCAUUUGGAGCUUAGCGUGAUAAGGAUUCAGGGGAGCCAUUCACUGGAUGACAUCAUCAGCCUCUUUUAAUACGUAAAAGUUGCUUUAGCAAAGUGUAUUUAAACAAAAGGAAUAAAGGUAUUCCGCAUCCAUCCCUAUAUUGUAGUCUUUGUGGAUUCUUUCUCUGUUAAAAAUAGUUUAUCACAAAAUUGGUGAGAAUAACUAGCUUGCGAAUUCAUCCGUGGACCGUAGUUUUAGUGGAUAUUUUAGUAACUAGAAUUUUAAUCUC